AUGGCUUCGGCUGCCAAAACUGCAUCCCGGGCUUUCCUUCGCUCGACCCCGGCGACCUCCUCUUUCCGUCCUGCUGCGCGCAGCACUCGCUUUGCCAUCCCCCAGGGUCUCCGUUCCUCUGCUCGUCGCGGAUAUUCCUCUGAGGCUGGUUCUUCUGAGGCUGGCUCCCAGAAGUCCUCCUCCGCUGGCAUCUGGGCCUUCGGUAUCGCUGCUCUCGGUGCCGGUGGUGCGUACCUCUACCUGAACGGCGCUUCCCCCAAGGGCCCCUUCGUCCCUACCCAGGCCGACUACCAGAAGGUGUACGACGCCAUCGCUCUCCGUCUCCAGAACGAGACCGACUAUGACGACGGCAGCUAUGGUCCCGUCCUCGUUCGUCUCGCAUGGCACGCCAGCGGUACCUAUGACAAGGAGACCGGCACCGGAGGUAGCAACGGCUCCACCAUGAGAUUCGCUCCCGAGUCUGACCACGGCGCCAACGCCGGUCUCAAGCACGCCCGUGACUUCCUCGAGCCCAUUAAGACCCAGUUCCCCUGGAUCACCUACUCCGAUCUGUGGACUCUGGCCGGUGCCUGCUCUAUCCAGGAACUGGGUGGUCCCUCGAUCCCCUGGAGACCCGGCCGUGAGGACAAGGACGUCGCCGCCUGCACUCCCGACGGCCGUCUGCCCGACGCCGCCCAGGGCCACCGUCAUAUCCGCGACGUCUUCGGUCGCAUGGGCUUUGACGACCGCGAGAUGGUCGCUCUAAUCGGUGCCCACGCUCUGGGCCGAGCUCACAGUGACCGCUCCGGCUUCGAUGGUCCCUGGGACUUCAGCCCUACCGUCUUCAGCAACGACUUCUUCAAGCUGCUCGUCGACGAGAAGUGGAACCAGAAGAAGUGGAACGGCCCUACUCAGUUCACUGACAAGACCACUCAGACUCUCAUGAUGCUGCCCACCGAUAUUGCCCUGAUCAAGGACAAGGGAUUCAAGCAGCACGUUGACCGUUAUGCCAAGGACAGUGAUGUCUUCUUCAAGGAGUUCUCGGAUGUCUUUGUCAAGCUCAUUGAGCUUGGUGUGCCUUUCCAGGUCAAGCCUGAGGACCGCUUCAUCUUCAAGGCUUCCGAACUUCGAGGCGUCACCAUUACCCAGCGCGCAACCCUCUGCACGAGGACCAAGCCCAACACGGGAUCAACACCGCGCAACCAGCCAGAAGACACUACAUCCCAAAUCGACCCGGCCUCCGCGAGGCGAACAGAUACAAUGACUCAUAUAGGCGAUUUCUACGAGAUCCUCAGUCUGCCUUUUACUGGAUCUUCGGCUGGGAUGGUCCUGUCCAAGCAGCAAAUCAAGCUCGCAUACCACAAAGCCCUGCUAAAACACCACCCGGAUAAAGCGGGCGCUGUCGCGAAAGAUCCUGGGUUCAGUGGCUCGGCUGCGGUCCCUUCCACGUCUACAUCUAUGUCUAACCCCCUCUUUCGAUCGAACGAUUCCCCGCGACAGCCGUAUACCAUUGACCAGAUUACCACCGCUUAUAAAACACUAUCUGACCCCCUCCUCCGCGCCGAAUAUGACCGUUCUCUUCGACUGGAUAGGGCGAAGGCAGAGAAGGGUGGUGAGGUUUUCCACACUGGGCUGGAGAUUGUGGAUUUGGAGGAUCUCGCUUGCGACGAGGGCGAGGAUGGGGACUGCUGGUAUCGCGGUUGUCGAUGUGGUGAUGAGCGGGGAUUCUUGGUUACAGAAGAUGAUUUGGAAAGAGAGGCCGAGCAUGGGGAGAUUGUCAUUGGGUGUCGGGGGUGCAGUCUCUGGCUGAAGAUUCUUUUUGCUGUGGAAGGGUGA